CAUGCCUAACCAGCGUUUCGCGCAAGGUUCAAUUCACCGCGUCGCCGCAUCGCUGCAUCUUGAAAAUCAACGCCGAUACGCGUCGUGGCUCCCCAGCGAUUGGUUUUCCGAGAUUUUUCUCUGCCAUCAUGAACGAUGGCGCGACUCAACGAAGCACCCGUGCCAGCCGAGAGUCAUCUCGAGAUACUACGUAGGAAGUUUCUGCGCCAAAACCGCGACAUCGCAAAAAUCAAUUCCGACCAGUCGCAAAAGAUUAGGCGGCUCGAGAACGACUGCGCCCGCUUGCUGUCCGAGAACCUCGAGCUCCGCAGCCAGAUUCUGCGACUGGAGAAGCAAUUAGAGGAUAACAGCGCGCGAAGAAUAGCAGAUCAUGCGCUGGAAGUCAAAGCAAAGUUGGAAGCCCAGCUGUCCGAGUUCGCGGCGUUGCUCGGGAGUUUGGGGGUAGAACCACCCUCGAAGAGACGGUCUUCUGGAGACCGGACACUCCCGAAAUCCCGGCAGAGCAUGGCUAGGAGCCCACCGCAAAGAAGGCGGCGCAAUACGUCCAUCGAUUUGGAGGCGCUUGCUGAGAUGGAGGGGAGGCUGCCGCCUAUCUACGAGAACAAGACUUAUCCACGGGCUACCAUGGGCAGUGACGAGAUCAUGGCUUUGUGCGCUGCUGCCGAGGAUAACAACGACAAUGACUCAUCUGACCUGGGACCGCUGCCGGUAUCGCGCUACAUUGAGGACAACUCGGCGACGAACUCCCCGACAAAGGCAAUCGAGACACACGCACCUGAAAGCCCGAUGCAACCCGUGACGGAUUCGUUGCACUCACAGCUUGAUCAGGUUGGACAGCCACCCGAAAGCCCAGAGCCAGAAAAGGAGACAGACGAUGUUGCAAUCGAGGAGGCAAGCCCGAUUGAGCAGGCUGCUCCUGAGGAGAGUGCGGCACCAGAGCCUUCACCGCAACCAGCGAGACCAGGUGUAAAGCGGAAAUACGGCGACGAAGAUGGGACUAUACAAAGCGUCACACCCGUUGUUGCUGGGAAAGAGAAUGAUGUUCCCACUGAAAAGUCGUUCCCCGCUCGCGCCGGCCCCAAGAGGAGGAGCCUUGCAGACCUAGCGAGUGUCAAGCCGGAGAAGAAGAGCGCGAGAGCACCACUUUCUGCAAAGAGGACGCCACUUGCUGCGAAGAGCACCAACGAGGAUAUGUCCUCACCCAGGAAAGCAAUCAAGGCCACGCCUCUGAAGGAUGCCAAGAAGGAACGCCAACGGAUUCCAGGAGAUACAGCUAUGCAAGACGAGGGCAAUGCGCCGAAGCCCCCGGUUGAGAUUGUGAUUCCCGCCGACCAUAGUCUCCUCGAAUCUGCGACCUCACUGCCCUCGGAGAAUCCGAGUUCUCCGACUACCCCCCCUCGAUCGGCGCAGAGGGAGAUGUUGCACGACACUCCACCACCAGCUGACAUAUCCUCCACUGGUGAGACGACUCGUCCAACCCGGCGCGCAAGAGCUCCUAUCAGUUACGCCGAGCCAAAUCUCAGAGACAAGAUGCGGCGGCCGACGAAGGAGCUUUUCGACGCCGUCACCGGAGAGGGCAAGUAUGCUCAUCGGAUAGCACUGCAGUUGAAGUCGGAUGGUCACCAAUCGGCACCGACGUCCGUUAGCAAGGCGAAGAUGGAACCGGGAAGUUCGACGGGCAGCAGCAGCAAGACAAGCUCCUUUUCCGACCGAGCACCUACGGCUCAACAAGCAGCACUCUUGAGCCCCUUGGCGCAGAAAGAUGCUCUUCCCGACUCCUUGCAGAGCACGGUAGUAAUGGAGAGGCGUAAGCGGACGUCAGCGGCGGCGGGCGGCAACAGGACAUCUCUUGCUGCCCAAGAGAAGCCAGACAGCGCGAGCAGGGAGCCAAGCCCAGCGAUCGUAGUAGGACAUCCCGAAGGCGGCACGCAAACGAGCAACAGUCGACGAAGAACUAGCGUCGCGAAGGCCAACAACGACAAUCAACAAUCACGGUCUCCUCCGCCGGCCGCAGAAGUAGACAUCUACGAUUUCACCGCCUCUUCUCCCGCCAUUCCCUCUUCGAAAGCACCCGUGCCCGACACGAGCAGCCAACUGAAAUCCACCUCUUCCCAUCCCGCCAUCACGACCCAAAUCGGCAAUCCUCCCGGAUCAAGAUUGCGAACAGCGCGAAAAUCAUCAAUGGCGGCCGCCGCCGCCCUCCGCGAGCUUCUAGACGAGGAAGAAAACGAGGCCGAAUCAGAACCUCAACGGCAGUCAGCACCUCCCAGGUCGCGGACAGCACAUGGCGGGAGGAAACGGGCGUCAAUGCUGGUGCCGAAGAAGACCUCGAUGCUGCUGGAGGAGGGUUUAGAGGAUGACUCGGAAGCGGCGGAUGCUGAUACCAGCGGUACCUCGGCUGAAGGCGACAUCGGGAGCGGUAGCGGGAUCGGGGGCGGAAGGAUUUCGAGGCGGAGGAGUAUGAUGUUGUGAUGUUUUACACCUCUUUCGGUGAUGGUUGUUCGUGUUGAUGGUGAUGAUCUGCACUUGUUUUGUACAGCACAGCGUCAGGCGUUGGUCUUCUUCGGUUGGGGCGGAUUGUUGGCUCGGACCAGCGUGCUAGGUCCCUAGCUACGGAGGUGUUUGGGUAUGUUUCGUCGUCCGGACCGAAUACCAAGUUUUUUUUUUUGCAACAGACAAGCACCGCAAAGAGCGGAUCAGUGUAGUGUUGGCUGGCCUUGUUCUGCCAAUACUCAGUCCGAGGAGUUUGGAUGAUUUGAUACCGCUCUGUUGCUGAUCAUACCAAUAAGAAAACAGUCUCCUGUGCUCCGUGAACUGAUUUCGAGACCCC